AUGUCGAGCAAGAAGCCCACUCUCGUAGUUUUAGGUGCCACUGGCAACCAAGGAGGAUCAGUUCUUUCGCACUUUCUGUCCCUCACGCCGUCUCCAUAUGCACUUCGCGGUGUCACUCGGGACGUAACCUCUACAAAAGCCGCAUCUUUGUCAGAACGCGGAGUCGAAAUGGUAGCAGGAAAUUUCGACGAGCCCGCCUCACUCGACGCUGCCUUCAAAGGGGCUUCUGCUAUCUUUAGCGUGACGGACUAUUGGAUGCUCUACGGAUCCUUUAUGGCGCAGCAGCAGUCUUCCGUCAACGGUCAAAGCCCGAUGCUUCUUGCGAAGGAGAAGGAAAUUCAACAGAACAAGAACAUCAUCGAUGCUGCUGCCAAAGUUGAGAGCCUAGAAAGAUUUAUCUUUUCUAGUCUGCCCAACACCGAGAAGCUCAGUGGAGGAAAAUACUCCCACGUACAUCAAUUUGACGGAAAAGCUAUCGCUGAAGAGUAUGGGAAAACAACUUAUCCGGAGCUCUGGAAGAAGACGAGUGUGCUCUAUGCGGGCUUCUUCCUUGAGAACUACCUCAAGCCUGAUGCAAGCGCAUAUCGUCCAAAGCUGGACAUUGCUAAAAAUAUGCUGUCUUUGGGGGCCGUUGGCACGGUACAUCUUCCCAUGUUCUCAGCGAAGGCUAACACUGGGCCUAUUGUCCAUGCCCUUCUCCGCGACUCAGCUGGCCAGAAGGUUAUUGCUAGUAACGCAUGGCUCACUUUCCAAGAUUUUGCGAAGACACUAGCCAAUGUUCUCAACAAGGACAUUGAGUUCACCAACGAACAGCCGAGCUUCAACAUAAGUGAUCCAGAGCUGGGACAAAAUUUUGCGGACAUGAUGGGGUGGUAUAUCGAGUUUAACUACGACGGCAGCAAAGUCGAUAAGAGCGUGAAACAACCUAAGGAUCUUGGCGUUGAAUCCCACCUAAUGUCUGUAGAACAGUGGUGCCGAAAGCAGGACUGGGAAAGAAUUCUAGAUGUCAUUUGA